CAUUCAAUAUAGGAAUUUCUCAUAUAUAUGUGUGUGUAUAUUUAUUUACACUCGCAUCUUACUCAUUCAAUAUAGGAAUUUCUGAAAAGCUAUAAGUGAACAUGUGUACUAGCAAUACCACAGAAUGCAUGUCACCACCUUCAUACUAUUUCCUCAACCAAAAAACAAAAUCAAAGCAAGCCAAGUUUCGUAUGAGGAAUCAGGUUCGAAUACAUAGGCUUAACAGGGUUGAUAAGUUUAUUGAAGAAAAGAUCAAGCAAGAGAUGGAGUUGAAGAACUUGAAGUUGUACAUGGAGAACAUGAGCAUUUUGGAAGAGAAUGAGAGGCUGAGGAACAAAGCCACCAUGCUUCAUCAAGAAAAUCUUGCUUUAUUAUCUCUUUUGGAGAACAAAAGGUUCAACCUUUGAUCAUUUCAAGGAAACGACUCUUUCUCCCUUAUCAAUUUGCUAGAAUUCUUGAUUAUAAUGCUGUAGCAUCUAAUGUGGAAGGCUGUUUAGUACAAGGUAAAAUGAGUUUAUUUAUCUACUAUGCAUGUAAGGUUGUACCCUAUUCUUAACAUUUUCUACCAUUUCUAUUGUUAGAUUCUAAUAUGCUACAAAUAUGUAUCUCAAGAGCUUUCAUAUUUUGAUGGAGAUUCCUUUUAUUUUUC